AUGUCUUGCAAGCAUGUUGAUACAGUCGAUUUGCGUCCUCCAGGACCCAGCCAAGCUGUUUAUCGUGAAGAUUGUACACAGUGUUUUGACUCCGUAGAUGACUCCACUGGUCUGGAUGUUUGUCUUUUAUGCUUCAAUGGCGGCUGUACAGGUGAUAGGAAUCAUUCCCAACUUCAUAAGACUAUCAAAAACCAUCCUUUGGUUCUCAAUAUUCGGAGAACAAGACGCCAUGUGGUUCGGGAUGAGCCUCCUCAAAAAAUAUCCAGAUUAGCCAUUACAGCGGAAACUGAAGCCGACCGAUACGAGUACCACACAAAAGUUCGCUGUUAUGAAUGUGCGGUGGAUAUCGACAAAUCCUCCGGGAAACUAUCUGCAAUAGUGGAUGGAGUAAUGAACGCAAAUACAUUUUCAAGGCAGGAAGAAGUGAAAGCUUGGGAGCAAGAGUUUACUUGCUGUGAACAUAUUUUGGCCUUACAACAAGGAAACGCUCGUCAAAUACAGUCUCAAGAUCUAGGUCACUGUUCUCUGUGCGAUCUUAAAGAGAAUUUGUGGCUUUGCUUGCAAUGCGGUAACUUGGGAUGCGGACGAGCACAAUUUGGUGGACUCAAGGGGCACUCCCAUGGACUGGAACAUAAGAAUCAAACUGGGCAUGCAGUUGCGGUCAAAUUAGGAUCGAUUACUUCGGAUGGUACGGCUGAUGUGUACUGCUAUGCAUGCGACGAGGAACGAAUCGACGAAGAUCUUGGUAAACAUCUUGCUCAUUGGGGUAUUAUGCUUGCCGAACGCCAGAAGACUGAAAAGAGUUUGAUGGAGAUGCAGGUCGACGAAAACUUGCGCUGGGAAUUUUCCAUGACCGACGAACAAGGACACGAAUUGACGAAGCUGUUUGGCGAAGGAUUUACGGGUUUGAAGAAUCUAGGCAAUAGCUGUUACUUAGCAAGCACUCUCCAAUGCCUUUUCGAUUUGCCUCAAUUUCAAAAGCGUUACUUACUACCAAAUACAGAUCUGCCUAUUGUUGAAGACCCGGCUCAGGAUCUGGAGACACAGUUGCGCAAGUUGGCAGAUGGUCUACUCUCGGGCAGAUACUCUUUCGCAGACCCUACUACCAACCAAUCGGAUUCGAAUGGCGUUGCGAAUCAGAAGGGUUUGGCACCUUCGAUGCUUAAAUACUUGAUUGGCAGAGGUCAUUCUGAAUUCUCAACCAUGCGUCAGCAGGAUGCCUUCGAGUUUCUCCUCCAUGUCUUCAAAUUGGUCACACGUUCUCAGCACACAGCUUCAUUUGAGGACCCCACGCGAGCCUUCCGUUUCGUUAUGGAGCAACGCUUGCAAUGUUUAGGCUGUAAAAAGGUACGAUAUCGAACGGACGAGCAAGAUAAUAUAUCUAUUCCCGUGCCAGUCAGAAAGGUAAAGGCAACUGCCAGUACAGAUGGUGAAAAUGUUAAUGAGUAUGAAGCUGUAACCUUGAAGGAAUGUCUAGACAGUUUCACGUCCGAGGAGAUUGUGGAACUUACCUGUUCGGCGUGUGGCAGUAAAGAUGGUUUCUCUAAACGAUCACUCUUUCAAACAUUCCCAGAGGUUCUCGCUGUGAAUGCUAGAAGAUUUAAUCUGAUAAACUGGGUGCCCACAAAGGUUAACGUUCCUGUCAUUAUUGGAGACGAUAAAUUCACACUAGAUGAUUAUCAGUCACAUGGUCUGCAGCAUUCAGAGUCUAUUCUCCCCGAUACUGAUGAGCCGAGCCAGCCUUCGUUCUCGGCGAAUGUAGAAGCUUUACAACAGCUCCAGGCCAUGGGAUUCCCACUGAACCGAUGUGAGAAAGCCUUGCACGCUACCGGGAAUAGCGACGCGAACACCGCAAUGGAGUGGCUCUUCGCACACAUGGACGAUGCAGACAUUGACGCUCCAUUCGAUUCGAGCUCCGGUCAAACCACAACUACUACCGCCGAUCCUCAGAAAAUCGAAAUGCUAGGGGCCAUGGGCUUUGGACCCCCACAAGCACGAAAGGCGCUAAAAGAAACUAAUGGUGACAUGGAACGAGCUGUAGAAUGGCUUUUCAGCCAUUCGGACGAUCCAGGCGAGUUCGAGGAUGACGUUCCUGCUGUCAAUAGCAAUGUCACCAAAGAUGUCCUCCCUGGAAGUGCCACAUUGCCUGCCGCAUUCCAACUUCAGUCUAUUAUAUGUCACAAAGGAUCUAGUAUACACGCUGGUCACUACGUUGCAUUCAUUCGUAAAAAGAUCUCCGAAGAGAAACCAACGUCGUGGGUGCUCUAUAACGAUGAGAAGGUGGUAAAGGCGAAUGACAUAGAGGAGAUGAAGAAAUUUGCAUAUGUCUACUUUUUCAAGAGAAUUGAUUGA